CACAAAGCUCCUGCCACCCUCCCGCACCAGUCCCUCAGCACACUAAUACUGCCUGAUACCGGCCACAGCAUCUUCUUCCUUCCUUCACCAUGCAAGCCUUCGGUGAGGAAUGUCUCUCAAGCGCUCUGUCGCCUUCGCGACACACACGCUCACGAUUGCAGUGCCUAAGAACCGGCGGCCCAAGUUCGAACUGCGCCUGAGAAUAAUCGACCUGAACAACGUACCACUCGUCUCCGGCAACUCAUUCGUCAAGUGGCACCUCCCGCACUCGACGGCUGCUGAGCACCGCGGUCGCACCGAAAAGAGACCUAUCAAGGACCACAAAGUAUUCUACGAUUACGAAGCGAAGCUCCCCGUCCGGCUCACCGUCGACAAGAAUGGCAUGCUCCAGGAGAGCUUCAUCGAGUUCGAGGUGAUACAGGAGUAUGGGGGCGGCGGCAGAGGAGAGCGCAUCACGCUGGGGAAUGUCAGGCUGAAUCUGGCCGAAUACGUGGAGCAGAGCGAAAUGCCAGGCGUCGACGGCGACGAGCCGGGCGUUACGAGAAGAUAUCUGAUGCAGAACAGCAAGAUCAACAGCACGCUCAAGAUUUGCGUCUAUAUGAGGCAGAUCGAAGGCGAUAAGAAUUACGUUGCGCCUGCACUGAAGACGGCGCAGGUCUUCAGCGGUAUCGCUGGGAUUGUGUCUGGGGAACAGGGAGAUUCGGAAGAUGCUGGGUCUACCCCGUCUCUAAACGCUGGAUCGCGCGAAGCGGGCGAGCUUCAAGACAUGUACAGGCGGACGUUGGCUGCAUACUGGUCCGCCCAGCCGGGAGAGCUCAAGGCAGACGAGUGCAUCGAGGAUAUUUUUGGGGGUGGGGAUGGCUGGGGCGACCGGGAGAAGCCAUAUGAUGCGCAACAACGCGGCAUAAGGUUCGUCUCCGGCGAUAGUAGCGGGUCACUGAGCGAAAGCGAUUCCAGAACCACCCGCGGGAGCACCAUACACCGCAAAUCGCACGAGACACUGAGGCCCGGAGAUGUAAUGACAAGCUCGCCGAACGUGCGCGGCAGAGGAAGUCUGGAGCAACAGGCUCAUCAGAUGAAAGCAGAAGCGGAGCGGAAACGGCAUCGACCGAACCACGAGGUGGAUGAGUUCGAUGUCCGGGACGACCUCUGCAGCUGGCGGCAGCCUAUAUAGCCAUUGACUACAAGAAAGCAAAAAUAGAAUCGUU